AGAAGCUCAAACCAUCCGCUGCUUAAAACUCUUGCUCUCAGUCAACAAACUCACAAGAAUUUGACAUACAUACUUUCAGACCAAGGAGAGGGAGGAAAAAAAAACAAUGGUUGUAUUACCACUUUUGUUCCUGCUGGGGUCGUUGUUUCACUGUGGUCAUGUGGAGGCCCAGUCCACCAGCGCCAGUGAAUUACUGAAACAAGCUGCACUCCAAUGGAACGGACCUGUGACCUGUGACAAAUGGGACUGCGAUUGUGCCUUCAAAGAGCGUGGCUGCUGCUGUGUAGCCAAAGACAUGUUUCAGUUAGAAGAGGACACCUUCAUGAGGAUGAAAUAUUUGUGGCAGGGUAUCGGCACACUGAACCACAGAGUACAGGACCUCACAGAUGGCGUCCGUGUUGCCUUCAAAGCCACCAUGAAUCCAAAUUAUACCACGCCUGGAUCUACUGAAUAUUGCUUUGGUCCUUUCAAUAUUAAUGUGCCAAUCCCCUACUCUGUCGUCACUCUUAACCAUGACAAUGCAUAUAACCCUUCCUUGGGUAUCUUCACUGCCCGUUCUGCUGGUGUUUAUGUCUUUUCCUUCACAGUCUACUCUUAUGUGACAGAGUAUGGGCGCCUCUACCAUAAAGUCCAGCUGAUGAAAAAUGGGAACGUCAUUGCCAGCGUGUGGGAGGACAAUCGAGAAGAUAGUGAAGACAAUGCCAAUCAGGUGGUGGUACUGGAGCUGCAGAGAGGUGAUCAGGUCUACGUUGAGCUGGCAUCCGGAAGGAAGCUCUGCAAAUACUUGGAGUAUAAUAUUUUUACUGGUUACAUACUGUACCCCCAACCUUCCCCCUACUCUAUUGACUUUGGCUUCUAAACUUUUAGACUCCACAGGACCAUAAAUAAAUCCAUUUAUCUUAUCCUCACCAAUUCAUUAAAACAAACUACUGUAUUUCAGCACCACCAGAAGUAGGCUUUUGACCCGUCAUGAGACAAGCCCCAUAGUUUAACCCCUGCAGUGGAAAGAUACUGUUGUACUGUACACACAUAUACACUGGUGGUUGUGUAUGCAGGAAUUUAUGAUCCAACUCAAAGUUGCGCAUACCUACAUUUUUGCAUAGCAAUAAAAACAGCAAGUAUAAUGUUUGAAAAUAUUUGCAUCAUUAAAAAAUAUAUGAGCAAAUAUUUGAGCAUGCAUGUGAAUAA